CAGCUUUAUUAAGGGUGAAAAUCUAAAUUAUUUUGUUUAAUUUUGAUUAGGAAAAUCGAAAUUCAAGCAUUUCAGAAAAAACUUGAACUGACCCCUGCUUGAAGCUUAAACAAAGAUAACAUUGAAACCUUAUCUCAUUUCAACGGAAUAUCAAACAAUGAAGAGCAAUCGAGCAAGCCUGCUUCCAGAGAAAGUGGUAUUAUUGAAUAUUCCUUUGCUGAUGAUGAGGGUAAGAACAAGCAAAAAUAUAUCUUUUAUUGACUGAAAUUAAGCCUUAAACAUCUUUUAAACGAUUUAUUUACAACUUCAUUUGAGUUUGAGUUUCCGAAAAUGUUAGUAACAAUUCCUACCUGAGAUAAUAUUUCUCGGAAUCAUUAUGCAUAUGGCUCCACCCCUUCGAUCGUGAAGAGGGGGUGAAAUUUUCUAAAUAUAAAAGGAAUGCCCAAAAUUCAUCUCAUCAGUUCUCAGCUAUCUCUACUGCUACUAAGUUCUAAGAGAAGUUUUGCGAUAAUUUUGAGUCAAGAUGAGUUUAUUAGAGAGGUUAGUUCUUGCUGUUGAAAAACGUCCAAGCUUAUGGUAUCCAUCAGGCACUCCAGACCCAGCAGAAACAUGGGAGGGGGUAGCAGAGGAAGUGUUCGCCAAUCCGAAUGAAGAUUUGGAUUGGCUGUCGGACGCAGACACCGAAGAGAAAGCUCUAUACUGUCAGGAUGAAUGGAUAUACCUACGCAGACAGUAUGUGCUGUACAUGAAGCAUAUGGAUAAAAAUAUCUAUACGCGAAAGAAAUACAAGGACGGCCAUGCAUUCAAGCCUCUGGUUUUGGAGUUCUUGACUGUGACUUCAAAUAGGGUUGAGAGGUUAGAAGCAGUCAAGGAUAGACGUCUGCGUAGGUCAUCCGAUUACGGGUACAAAUAUGAAGACCCAGAGCCGUGGAGCAAAGCGGACUUAGAAAUCAUAGAGGAUUUCCACGCAGGGGAGCUGAUGGCAAAGUACAGGAAAGCACGGGAGGAAGCCAGGAAUGCUAGGGUACUACCACCGCCGAGGGAGCAGAUUCCUGAACCGACCCUGAAUUUUGCUGGUUAUCCUGAUUUUCUGGUGAAAAUGGUGGAUGACCUUGUGGGGCCUUCCCAACCGGGAGCGCAAGCAGGUGCAGUACGGAAAUGCAAAGCAAGAAGGCGUUUAUUUCCAUAUUAAGAAGAUUUUGCUGCCGACUGUGGAGAUUUGCAUUUAUAUGCUUCCAUAAUAUUGUAAAUAAUUGUAAAUAGUUUUUAUUGUAAA